CAAUAUAAAUUCCACUGAUCUUUGAAUUUCUCUCAUCUUAAUUAUCAUAAAAACCCAAUUAAUCCCCACGAAAUUCUCUCUUUCGUUUCAUCGCCUGCUCUUCUUCUACCAUGGCUUCUCCACUGCCGAAAUUUGGGGAAUGGGAUGUGAACGAUCCGGCAUCGGCUGAAGGUAAUACGGCCAUAUUCAAUAUAGCUAGGGACGAGAAAAGGACCGGUGGGAACGUUGCGGUUGAUUCUACUGAAACUGCAAGAUCACAGCAAAAGCAGAGAAGAAAACUAAAAUAUUCCAUUAAGGUAAAGAAUCAUGGUCGACAAGUGAACAGUCGUUGGGCGGUAUUUCUCCAUGAGACGUAAGUGAUAAAAAAAAAGAAGACGAAGGUCAAAGGAAAUUGUGAAAAUUUCGACCUCUCAUAAGUCUUGGGUGUAUUUAUAGUGAUCUUAGUUAAUGGCGUCAGACAUAAGAUAAUCAUAAUUAUUUAUAUAUUAAAAGAUUAAAUAAAUUUAAUAAUCAUAUUUCGAAUUUCGUUCUAAAAAAUCAUCAUGUGAACCUAUCAAAUGUUUUGUCUAUGUACUAUAUUUGAUUAAAAGGCCUAUAUUCGAAGGAUAUAGGCUUGCUUAGGCUCUAAUAAGUGAAAAGGAAUGUCCGACGACCUUGACUAAUGGAAGGCUAACAAUUUCUACAAAUUGUAUUUGACGGAAACUUAAUUUUUUUUAAAGUCUAUCUUUGAAGGUAUAACAAAUUUCAUUAAUGUUUUUUUUUAA